UACCGAGUGGUAGUCCAAGACUCCAAAAUAUACCGUUCUACACAACACACCUAUUUUUAACGUCUGUGAAGAUAAGGGUAAAAAAUCACUCUCUCAUCUCUCUCUUUCUUCCACUUCCCCGGACAGAAGUUACAGAACCCCCAUCUUCCCCAGUUGUUUCCUUACUCAAAACCCUAACAAAUUUCUUGAAUCAACUCUCUGGAUCUCUGGACAAAGAUUUCAAGAAUUUCUUGAACCCUAACCCCUUCAUUCUACGGACAAAAUCCCCAUUUUGUUUCCAUCACCAUUUCCUGGACCCUAACAAGUUGCUGUUUCUCAGUAUGAAGAUUAAUAGGGAGUCCGUCAUGGAUUCUUUCACCAAACUACCACUCGAGAUCGCAUUAGCGAUUUUAACCCGUGUACCAGUGGAAACGGUGCUUGAUUGCAAAUCAGUCUGCAGAAAUUGGAGAAAGAUUGUUGAUAUUGCUUCCAAGGAUCAAUUAUUCAUUCAGGCGCAUUUGUAUCAUCUCAAUCAACCAUCUGCUGCCGAGGAUUCUUGUAAGUUGGGAUUUCUUGCUUUAACUGAGAGAGGAUAUUACUAUUUUGAAUAUAAUGAUAAUCUGAAUUAUGAGUUAGCAGAACCGAUUGAUGAAAAAAAGAUUAAUACAACAAAAAUUGGUAAUGGUGCUUUAUUUGUUGGUUCCUGCAAUGGGUUAAUCUGUCUUGCUCGACAGGAGAAUGAAAGACCUGUUUGUGUUUAUAACCCUUUAACCAAAGAAUAUGUUGUGCUUCCAGAAAUUAGGAACCGUAUAGACCCAUAUGUUAAUCCUCAUGAGUAUGAUGAUUGGUCGUUCGGAUUUCGUUAUAUUUCUGCAACAAAUGAGUACAAUCCUCAUGAGUAUGAUGAUUGGUCGUUCGGAUUUGGUUACAUUUCUGCAACAAAUGAGUACAAAGUUGUAGGGAUAAAUGAGUCGAAGUCCAACUUUUUGGAAGUCUACAUAUACACUAUAGGCAGUGGGAAUGGAUGGAGAGACCUUGGAAGAAAUUUCAAUCUGGAAUUCAGCCCUUCACAUUAUAAGAAACAUGGUAGCUUUGCCAGUGGAGCUAUUUAUUGGAUUGGCGGGGUAGUAAAUAAGAUUGUGACCUUCGAUUUGAUUGAGGAAAAGUUUUGCCAACAUGUCACACCUCCUCCUUUGCCACCAAACAGGAAAUUGGUUCAUCAGACAAUAGGGGUCUUAGAUGGGUUGUUGUAUAUUGCUAUAUAUGACCAAGGAGAUAAACUUUUUGACAUAUGGGUACUAAAAAGUAAGAAUGAUAAUCACGUCAAGAAAAAGGGAGAGAAACAUCAGUUGCUGGGUUGGAGUAAAGAGUUAAGGGUUGAUGAAGCUGGAUUACUAGCCGUUACGAAGAGUGGCGGUGUUUUAACUUACAGUAGUUUUGAUGAAUAUGUCAACCUUUACGACACAAAAGCUUCAACCUCGGAAGUGCUUUGGGAUUUGGAUUACGAGGUUCAGCAAGUAUUCCCUCACAACUACACCUUCGUGUCGUUGAAAGAAUUAGGGGAAGAAGAUACCGAAUAUAUCUCUCAAGCCAGUUAAAGGAGGCAGAAAGCUGUGAUUCGCCUUUCUAGCAGCUACAGGAAAAUGUGAACCCUGAAUACAUACUACUGGUUUUUGAAGCUCUCUGUGGAGAUACAGAACGACAGCCUCUCACUGUUUAAAAGCAUCAGGUCGUUAUUGGCCUGCAUAUAAAGCCUGUGGUGCAUCUGGUAAAGCAUCCUUAACUUAUCAGCUGGCCAUGCUUUGCUUGUUUUUAUCGACGGUCAUCUUCCAGGUGAAAAAGCUAUUGAAGCCGUCAUAGGAAAUACACAUUACUAGCCUUUCACUUUUUGAAAACUAUAGGUUGUUAUGGCCUGGGUAUACAGCCUCUGGUACCUCUGGUCACUAUAGUGAUGUUAUAUACUAUAUGCCACCUCCAUCAUUGAAUCGUCCCACUGCAUUUGCUUCCUCUUCUUGUGCAGUUUCAGUCCCAUUACAAUAUCUGGUCAUCGUUAUAUAAUUUUAAUAAAGAUAAGUGUUAUUUUUGAUUUACCAAUAAAAUAUCCAGGGCAUACCACAGUCAGAGAUUCUAAGUUUACCUGAUGAGAUAAGUUUUUACAGUGAAUUAGGUGUUGUUGGAGGUUCUGGUAAUGAUGGUUGUCCUCUGUGACUGAGGAUGAUUUUUUUUCAAUGUUGAUAUGAAUAAAUUUACUUCAGCAACAUCAAAUGUGAACACUACUACUGGUAGAGAUGUUGAACAGAUGUCGAUGAGUUUGCUGAAUUUUGAGAGUUCAGUAUUCCAUGGUGGUUCCAGUGAUCCAAUGAGAGGUGUGCUCUUGGGGAGCUUACACCUUUCUUAUUGAUCUCAUCCCACUGCAUGUGCUUCUGCGCAUUGCAACUGGUCGUUACUCUUCUUGGCUGUAUGUUGCGUAUUCUUGUAAGUAUCGUGUCUUUGUUUUAGAAUCUCCAUUCCAUUGAAAAAAUUAAUGGACAUCGUAUUAUAGUAUGAGGUCCCAUUAGUUUUAGUCGAUUUUAGUGGACAAAUGAAAUUUAUUAUGAGUAGUACAAAGGAAGGUGUAAGAGCUAUAUUGGGCAAACUGAAGUAUUGGACAUCAAGUUUUUUUUUCCACUGCCGCGUUUCAUGUAGUACUCAUACUUUUAGUGUUCAUGAUAUGCUGCUAUGCUAAGCCGACCAAAAAAAUAAUGAUAUGCUGCUAUGCUUUAACCUAGUUAACUUCUUAUGUCUUGUACACUUUGCUUCAGCAUAUGGUUUGUCAGGCUUCCUUAUUGUGUUGGGUGUCUUUUCCGUGAUGUGGAGACCUUUCAUUUUUCGCACGUGUUCUUGUGAUGGUACUUUUAGUUCAUAGACAUCAGGGAUUUUAAUGCCAAUGAAUUCUUUCUUGAUUCAUAGUGUCUGUGCCGCUUCUGAAACAGCUCCCUUUAUCGUUCUAGCUUCUCAGUCGCAUGGUGGACUUCAUGUUUUCGACAAGCUUAUGCUUGGUUAAGCCAUAAGUAGAUGAUAAUGUCGGUCUACCUCUCACUGUUUAAAUGAGCAGCUUCUGAUCCCGAGAAUGUGAUUUGCUUGACUAUUUUGCAUUUAAAAAAUGAUGAGCUCAUGUUGCCUUUAGGUUGCGUCAUGGAACUAUGGUUACAAACUACUGCAAUGGCUAAUCGUACUGUCAUUGUUGAUAAUAAUACCUGGAAUAACACACAUGUUGCAACUGCUGGAACUGCCAAUUCUUCUCCUGCGAAGGCUUCGUGAGAAAUUUUUAACCGUGACUUGAGGACCACUCUGACUUGAGCUUAAAUUUCUGAUAUACGGGUCUUGUUGGUUACCUUGGUGAUAUAAAUAAACUUCACUGGAUGGUUCUUAUUGGAGGUGGCGUGUUUCCUCUAUAAUCAAGCAACUCCAACCAUGCUGAAUUCCCUCGUGUACAAACUCUCAUAUUACAGAUUUGUGGAGACGGAUGGCAAAAGUUUUAUGUCAGAGUAAGGAGGAUUGAAAUCCGAAAGAAACAUUUCAUUGUUACACAUAUUCGAGGAGGUCCUCACCAGACACCAUUGUAUGGUGCAGCUGUACAAAUUAAAACCUCCUAGCUAGGAACAGGAAUAAAGGAAAGACAGAAAUCAAUUUCUACAAAGUCAAGUUACAGUAGGUAUUAGCCACGCGUCUCAGUGGAGAGAUUCAUUCUGCAAGUCAAGUGUUGAUAACAAAUACAAACUCAAGUCAUUGAAGUAUUAUGCAUAUUAGAGCUCUGAAGUCAGGCAAUAAAACUUGUGUGUGUGAAUAUUCUUGACAUGAUCAAAUUUGAGCUAAUAAAACUGGAUUCCAAUCAAAUAAAGCUCUAAAGUCAGGCAAAAACAGGUCCAACUAUUAUACAGAAAGACGCACAAUUAUUCAACUUGCACAAGAGAAUACGAUUAAGAUGUUUAGAUUCAAUGCAAUCAAAUUAAGCCCUUACAGCAGUUCCCUACUUUACAUUCAAUGCACAAUAAAAAAAGAGUGAAAGAAAAAAAAAAGAAGACAUAAAUCAGAACCCCAUCAGGAGCUUGGGCUUUUGGACGGACAGAUGUUUACUUUUUCUGACAGCUAGAUGUUUACUUCUCCACUCUAUACGCGCCCUGACGCUGUCUCCAUGGUUCUUCUUAGCACACUUGCUCCCCCCUUGCUUCAGUUUAGCAAUCUUGUUCCCUGCUGCCUUUUCUUGUCUUUCCUCGCAAUGUAAUUUCCUUUUAGCAGCUUCAACUAUUUUGGGCUCCUGAAUUACAUCAUCAUCUUGAUUUUUAUAAGAAAGGUUUUGAUACAUAUCGGUCCCUGGGAUCUUUCUCACCCUAAGCCUGAGAAUGCAUCUUUCUUUGGGUUCCGUUUGU